AUGGCCGAUUCCCCCGAAAAUGGCGACAACCCCGUCAGCGAGCCCCUCGAUCUAGUGCGACUAUCCCUCAACGAGACCGUAUUUGUGAAGCUGCGCGGCGAUCGCGAGCUCGCCGGGAGAUUGCACGCAUACGACAGCCACUGCAAUUUGGUGCUCGGGGAUGUGACCGAGACGGUAUAUGUGUGGGACGACGAAGAUGAGGAUAAUGUGCGCGCGGUGAAGAAGCAGUCGGAAAUGCUGUUCGUGAGAGGAGACUCGGUGGUUCUCAUAUCACCGCAACAGUCAUGA